AUGUUUGAGUUUUUUUAUUCUGAUCUUGGUCAUUUGUUUUCGUCGAAUUUUUUUCCUUCUCUUUUCUUUCGUCUGUGUUUCAUGUUUUACUGCCCUCUCUCUUUAUCUCUUAUACUCUUUCUCCAUCUUUCGUUCGCGUUUUACCCGUGUGUUUUUUUAUUUCGUUUUGUUCUGUAUUUUCUCUUUCAUUUUCUCUUGUUUUCUUUUUUUCUUUCAUUUUCUCUCUUUUUUUUUUUCCGUUUUUCACUCUGUUAUCUAUCCUCUUAUUCUCUCUUUAGGUUCUUUUCGCUUUGUUCUCUUUCUCUUGUUUUUCUUUUUUUCGUUUUUUCUCUUCUCUCUCUCUCUCUCUCUCUCUUCUCUCUCUCUCUUUCUCUUUCUGUCUGUCUAUCUCUCAUUCUGUUUUCUUUUUGUUUUUAUUUUCUUUUUUUCCUUUGUUUUUUCCUUUUCUCUUUCAUUCUCUCUUGUUUUUCUUUUAUCCGUGUUUUUUUUUCUUUCAUUCUCUCUUGUUUUUCUUUUAUCCGUGUUUCACACUUUAGCCCUCUCUCGCCUCUCUCUCUUUCUUUCCUUCUCACUCUCUUUCUUUCUCUCUGUCUAUCUCCAUUCUCUCAUUCGCCUUUCGUUUGUUUUUAUUUUAGGUUCUUUUGUUUUUCUUUUAUCCGUGUUUUCUUUAGCCCUCUUUUUCUCUUUCUUUUCUUUUUCUUCAUUUUGCUCUUUUCUCGUUUGUUCUCGACUCAUUCUUUAUAUUCUUUUCUUUUUUCUUCUUUCCCUCGACCCUAUAUUCUUUUUCACACCUCAUUCAUUCACGUUUGUUUUUUGUAUUCUUUUAUUCGAUUUUGUUAUUUAAUUUUCUUUCAUUUCGUCGCUUUCCCUUCGUCUAUGUUUCACGCUUUCCUUUUUCAACACAUUCUCUCUCGAUUAUUCUUGUUUCUUCCUUACUUUCUUUUAUUCAGUUUUGUUCUUUAUUCUUUCUUUCGCUUUCUUAUUGCUCCCCCUUUUGUUUCUUAUGCAGUCAACCCUUUACCUCUUCCUUCUCAAAUCUCUCUCUCUCUCUUUCCCCACUCUCAUUCUUUCAAUAUCUUUGUUUGGGUUCUAAUCUUUGCCUCAUUCUUCUCAAGUCUCUCUCUCACUCUUUCUCUCUAUCUAUCUCUCUCCCCAACUCUCUCUCUCUCUCUCUCUCUUCACUCUGAUUUUUUCAUUAUAUUUCGUUUGGAUUCCAUACUUUGUCUCUUCCUUUUCAACUCUUUCUCUCUCUCUCCCACUCUCUCUCACUCUCUCUGCAAUUUCAUUCUUUCAUUAUUAUUCGUUUGGUUCGACCUCAUUAUCUAUUUUUUCAUUCUCAAUGUCUAUCUUUCUCUAUUUAUUUCCUUAGGGGCCUCCUUAUUUUUUUCUGAUUUUCUCUACAUUUAUUAUUUUCUUCCUUUUCCUAUUCCUUUCCCCAUAAGCAUAUUCAUGAUUAUCCCAUUUUACAUUGUGUUCAUGACUUUAUCCAAUACCUCAGGAUUCUCUCUGACAUUUUUUUUCCUUCUUUUCUUUCACCCAAGUCUCUCUCUCUCUCUCUCUCUCUCUCUCUCUCUCUCUCUCUCUCUCUCUCUCUUUCUUAGUAGAUUUUCAUUUUUUUCCCUGGCAGUCAUCCUUUUACCUUCUGUCUCGCUAUUUCUUCAAUUUUACUGUCUACUUCUUUAUUUUUCUCCCUUUUUCGACUCUCUCUUUUAUUCCUUAUUUUUCUUUUUAUCUUCUCUCUCUCUCUCUUUUUCUCUUUAUUCUUUACGUUAUUUCCCAUUAUUUUUCCGUUAUCACCUUUCUUUUAAAGUGCUACUCAUAUUUCUCCCCAACCUCACCGUUUCUCUUUCUCGCUUCUUCUUUAUUUUCUUCCCCACCACUUUCCUUCUCCUCAGCCCAAUCCAUCAACACAUAACUCCCGCUCCCGCUCAGCCCUUUCUUUCUUUCUUUCUUUCUUUCUUUCUUUCUUUUCUUUUCUUUUAUUAUUCUAAUAUUUUUCUCUGUUUCUUUCUCCUCUUUAUUCUAAUCGACCACCUGCGUACCCUCCACAAAUUCUCAUCACAAACUCCCACCUCAGAUCGAAGAUCAGCCUGCCAAAUGAAAUAUCAUUUCAGGCUAAGUUUACCUUCCCACCAUUUGUGCAGACAUUUCUUUCUGUUGAGCACCCAUAAAUUUUUAUUAAAAAAAAAAAAACUCUUACCCGUAUUCAUUUCUCUGUUAUUCACACGCAUCACAUCAUGUAUUUUGCGUUUCACGUAUUAUUAUUUACAAACCAAAUACGUUACAACUAAAAAUUGA